AUGACAUUGGAGAACUUAUCAAAUGAUCAGUCAAAAAGAAGAAGUGUUCCACCGAAUGCUGCAGAAGAGGGUCGCGAACGGUCGAGACUGUCCGCAUCUUCGUCCUCACCAUUAAUACAAUCGCAAUCGAAAUCGAUCGAUGAAUGUGAAUCUGCGUUGACAAUGUCUGAUGGCCAGGAGGAGGACUCUUGCUCGAAAUCAUUAGUGAACAUCAGUGACGAUGAAUUGCUAGAGCGCUCGUCAAUGUGCUCACUAUCGUCCCUAUCGAUAUCGUCGUUGUCAUCAUCGAAUACAAACGGCAGAUAUAAAUCGAAAUCGAUGAAACGAAAAAAAUGGAAAAAGGAUCGCAAAAAGGGACGUGUCGACAGCUCGUCUCAUUUUACUGUUAAAAAUGUUAAGGAUAAUGAUAAAAUUGAUUCCGAUUCAAAUUCAGACACGGAUUCGGAUGAAAAUGGAAAAGGGAAGAAAUCAGUCGAGAGGGAAGAUUGCCUCUUGGAAGCCGGUAUGCUGAGUGAGGAACGGGUGGUGCCGAAGUGGGAGCGAUUGACUGCCGAGGAUUUGAUUGAUGAUUACUCGUCGUUCAGUGAUGACGAUGCGGACGGGCAGGGAAAUGGGACUACGGAUGAACGAGGCAAGGAGGAGAUU